GGUGUGCAAGAGCGAGAUGCUCAGAUAAGAUUGCUUACUGAGCAAGUCGAACAGUAUACCAAAGAAAUGGAACAAAAUGCAUUUCUCAUUGAGGAAUUAAAAAAUGAUCUCCAAAAAGAUAGAGGUCACUCAUCUCUUGCUCAACGGAAUCAUAUUGGGGAUAUGCAAGAAAAGUUAAAAAUGCUAGAAAAGAGAACUAAGGAGGCUGAGAAAUCAGCAGAAUUAGCAGAAGCGGAUGCUAGAGAAAAGGACAAAGAGCUUGCUGAGGCUCUGAAACGAAUGAGAGACUAUGAACUGGGAAUAUAUGGUUUGGAAGAGGCCGUUGCUGAAAUAAAAGAUUUAAAAAAGCAACUCGAAGUAAGAGAUCAUGAGAUUGAAACUUUAAUUAAAGAAGUCAAUAAACUUGAACUUAAAAUAAAUGAUUUUCUUGAUGAAAAUGAAGAACUCCGAGAGCGCUUAGGUCUUGAGCCAAACACAAUGAUUGAUUUAAAUGAAUUCAGAAACAGCAAGGCACUGAAGCAGCAGCAAUAUAGAGCUGAAAACCACAUUCUUUUGCAAGAGAUUGAAAGACUAGAAGAGGAAAGAAUUGACCUGAAAAAACAGGUUCGUAAGUUGGCUCAGGAGAAAGGAAGAAGAGCUGCAACAAUAGGAUUGGAUGCUGGUGAUGUGCAGAUAACUGAUAGCUUUACUGAAGAGAAGGGAACGAAUAUGGGGAAGUUGGACUUCUUGAACAGACACGAUAUUGCUGAAGUAAAAGCAAAAAAUGAGUAUCUUGCGAAUGAGUUAAGAGAGAGAGAGAGAGAUUUGGAGAAGAACAAAACUGUAAUAGCCGAAUUUCAAUCUAAAUUAAAAGAAUUAUCAGUAGAGAAUAAACAACUUCAACAAGGAAUGAAGGAAAUAUUGCAGGCUCUCAAGGAUUCUAGCGAUAAAGGAGGAGAAACAGCCUUAAUAAUCCCUAGCCUGGAUCGUUUAGUUAAUGCAAUGGAGUCAAAGAAUUCAGAGGGUGUCUUUGAUGCUAGUGUGCACUUGAAAGCUCAGGUUGACCAGCUUACAGGACGUAAUGAAGAAUUAAGACAAGAACUGAAACACGCUCAGCAGAAAGCAACAAAUUUCUCUAAUCAGCUGGCAAAUGCAAAUGAAAAGAUUGCACAACUGAAAAAUGAAAUUUCCUUGUUACAUAAGUCAGAAGGUUCCAAUGUUGUCUUCCAAACAGUGAAUCUUCCAGAAGGAAUGGCUCCUUCAAGUGUUAAUAUGAUUAAUUCUCUGAAUGAAUAUUUAAUACGUCUUGUGCAGGAACUGGAAAAUAAAGAACAGUUACUUAAGCAGUUAGAAGAUGCAGUAGAGGACUACAAGAGAAAAUUUGCUGUAAUUCGUCAUCAGCAAGGCUUACUCUAUAAAGAAUAUCAAAGUCAAAAGGAAAGCUGGCAGAAAGAAUCAGAAGAUAUGAACGAGCAAAAGAAAAAACUAGAAGAGCAAAAAGAACAGGAUGCUACAAAAAUAAAGGCAUAUUCUGAUUUACUCAGUGCACUUCAGCUGGAUCCUGAUGAAACAAAAAAAGUACUUGCAGAAAAUAAUAGAAAAAUAACUGUUUUACGAGUUAAUGAAAGGUCAUUGAGAAGGCAGUGUACCACUUUACUUGAAAUGGAGCAGCAUCUUAGAAAAGAAAAUGAGAAGCUAAAGGGUGAAAUAACACAUAUGGAGACUGCAGUUAUAGGGAAGAUUGGAAACUUGCAACGAUUCAAGGAAAUGGCUAGCUUUAAAAUUGCAGCUCUGCAGAAAGCGCUGGAUGGAAGCGUGCCAUUGUCUGAACUAGAACUGGCAAAUAAGCAGUAUAAUGCAUUAACUGCUAAAUACAGAGACAUGUUACAAAAAGAUAACUUGCUUGUCCAACGGUCAACAAACAUGGAACACAUGGAGCGUGAGAAUGAAUCCUUGAAAACACAGAUAGAUUUAUUGAACAAGGAGCUGGAGAUCACGAAAGAGAAACUUCACACUAUAGAACAGGCUUGGGAACAGAUGACUAAACUGGGGGAUGACAAUGCCAUCGACAAGGCUACGAAAGCAAUAACCAACAGUGAGAUUUUGUCCAUUUCUAAGAAAAUCACAAUGUUGGAGAUGAAAGAACUAAAUGAAAGACAGAGAGCAGAACAUUCACAACAAAUGUAUGAACAUUUAAGGAACACUGUAAAGCAAAUAGAAGAACGUAAUUUUGAAUUGGAAACAAAAUUUGCUGAGCUCACCAAAAUCAACCUUGAAGCACAGAAAGUGGAACAGGAAUUAAGAGAUGAACUAUCAAAGAGUGUAAGUAAAGCAGUAAGUGAUGCAGAUAGACGACAAAUCAUGGAGCUGCAGAAGUGUGAGAUGGAGCUCAAAAUUGAAGUAUCAAAGUUGAGAGAAUUGUCUGAUGUAGCAAAAAUGCAAGUUGAAGCUCUGGAGGCACGCCAGCAAUCCAGAGAUAAAGAAGUGGAAUCUCUUAGAAUGCAAAUUUUAGACUAUCAGGCACAGUCAGACGAAAAAGCAGUUAUUGCAAAACUGCAUCAACAUAUCAUAGCCCUUCAGGAUAGAGAAUCUGUUGCUGUAGGCAAACUGGAGACACUUAAAUUGAAACUCCAGAAGAUGGAGGUCCAUAAUCUACGUUUAGAGCAGAAGCUUGAUGAGAGAGAGCAAGCCUUAUAUUUCGCCCGACUGGAAGGAAGAAAUAGAGCCAAACAUCUACAACAGACAAUUCAGUCUUUGCGGCGACAGUUUAGUGGUGCUCUUCCCUUGGCACAGCAAGAAAAAUUCUCUAAAACCAUGAUUCAGCUACAGAAUGACAAACUGAAGAUUCUGGAGGAAGUUCAGCACGCGCAGCAGGAGCGUCGAAAUGCAGAAAACAGAGCACUGGAGAUGGAGUUAAAACUGAAAAGUUUAGAAGAGUUAAUAAGUGCACUGAAGGAUACAAGAGGAGCUCAAAAG